UAAUGAGACUCUGCCCUGGUGCUGCCGCCCGGCCCAGACGCGGGAGGAGGCGCAGGGGCUACGGGCCGCUUGUGCCCAGGGUGGAGGGGAGGGCCGCCUGGCCGGGACCCGGGAGAGCGCGGGUAGGCUGCGGAACCAACUGCAGGAGGCCUAUUACCUGCUGAUCCACGCCAUGCACGAUCUGCCCCCGGCCAGCCCCGCCUGCGCGGGAGGGUUCCCGCAGCCCGUCGCCUCUUGCGGGGUCGCGGAGAGCAGCGAUGCCUGGUCCUCCUCCUCCGGGGAGGGCAGCCCGCAGCAGCAGGUGUCCGCCCUCGCCUGGUCACCACCGCCCGGCCAGGGCUCAGUAGGGUGUCCCGGCCAGCUGGUUCCUCCUGGGCGUAGGGGUCAGAGCCUGGGGAGCCUCCUUCUGCUGCCCCCCGGCUGCCCCGUGAAGCCACCGCCUCUGCAGCGGUGUCUGAGCGACAGCGUGAUCCGCUACCACCCCGUGGAGCCGGCCCUGGGGCACCUGCUGCAGGGCGAGUCGCCUAGCCCGGCCUGGGACCGGGGGCGGCCGAAUGGCGGCCGCGGGGGAAGCGAUGCUCCUGCGGCCGCUGAGUGCUCAGUCAGUUGCGGGGAGAGCAGUUCCCAGGGCUCCGCGCCGCAAGAGGCAGCGUGCUCCAGCAGCCGCCUGCCCGUCCCCCAGAGCCGAUUCAGGCCGCCCGCGGUCAGCGUCGGGAAGCUGCAGAAGUGGAUGUGCAAAGGGCGCCUGCUGUCCCGGGGAGUGAUGGGGCGCGUCGGGGCAGGGGUUUCCUCCGCUGACCCCAGAGCCAUUGGGACCCGUGCGGCGCUGCCUGCUCAGCCAGAACUUGGAGAAGAGAGGCCCGUAACUCCGCCGGCUUGGAGAGGGCACGGAAGCAAGGCCCUGGCAGCUCCCCCGGAGCAAAGAGUUCUGCUGACAGAUUUAAUUGAAAAUAUUUACAUAUCCUCCACAAGUGGGAGAGAACUUAAAAUUCUUACGGCCAGUGAAGUCCCUGAGCAUAGGCCACAGCUUGACAGCAUCACAGUUUCUAAGAAACGUAACUGGCUACAUCAGAGUACUCUAAAGGCCCCUAAUCUGGAAGAAGAAAAUGUCUGUAAGAAAAUGCAAGGAAAUACUACCCAUGUACCCAAAUUGUCCAGUCCAUUACCUGGACCUAAGCUGCCACCAGUUCCUCCCAAAUCACCUGCAGGACAGGAACGUCCUGCAAGAACCUCUAGUUUUGUAACUGCCAUUCACCAUUCUACAAGCCCUUCGAUUUUGAGAAACUGUACUUUAGACUUCAGUGAGGACAAUGAUGCAGAUGAUGAAGGAGAAAUAUGGUACAACCCUAUCCCUGAAGAUGAUGAGCCUGACUUCCCCAGAGUCCAUUGUUUUACUGGGAAAAACUCUGUUAAUUUGGACUCCCAUACCACCAGUUUCAAGAUGUUGCCUGGGAGUGACCCGAUUAAAGUAAUGGGGCACAAUAAAGGCCUUCCAUACUUCUCAGAAUCUGCAGGAGACGAUCAGAUGACUCAGGCCUGUGAAAUUAAUCAAGCAGAUUCCAUACAUUCCAUAGCGUGUGUGCAGCUGCAGAAGCAGAGUUUUGUGUGCAAGACUCAGAGUGCGACAGGAAUAGAAGAGAGCCCUGCGUUUAAAUAUUGUUCAGCAGGAUCUGAAAUCAUACCUGCAAACAAGGCUGAGGCAGGAGCAACAGAAAUUUCUCCUCCAAGUCCUAAUCCUUUGAAAAAAGGAGGAUCGAUUAAUUGGCCUUUCCCUGAUAAAAUAAAAUCUCCUAGAACUGUGAGAAAACUUUCAAUGAAAAUGAAAAAAUUGCCAGAACUCAGCAGGAAGCUGAGCAUCAAAGGGACUUCAGGCUCUAAUAGUUCAGAUAAUCCUUCUUCCUUGCUGAAAGGUGACUGUCAGGAUACAAGCCAUGCCACAUCUUUGCCAUCUUCUGGAAACGCAACAGCAGCUGCUAGCAGGAAUGUUAUAAGUCGCUACCAUCUUGAUAGUAGUGUAUUGUCACAACACGGCUACAAAAAGAAAAGCAGUGGGAGUUCCAAAUCCUCCAGUAAAGGUGGUUACCUCAGUGAUGGAGACUCUCCUGAACUUAUAGCAAAAUCGGGAAAACAUGGUUCUGUCAGCAGGUUUGGGAAAGGAAAAGAGACACUUCCUAGUAACAGCAAUAAACCUGAAAUAGACAUUGAUGCUUUUAGACAUUACAGCUUUUCUGAUCAACCCAAAUGUUCCCAAUACAUAUCUGGACUCAUGAGUGUUCACUUCUAUGGUGCUGAAGAUUUGAAACCACCACGGAUGGACUCGAAAGAUGUCUUUUGUGCAAUUCAGGUAGAUUCAGUAAACAAAGCAAGAACAGCCUUGCUGACAUGCAGGACAACUUUUUUGGAUAUGGACCACACUUUCAACAUAGAAAUUGAAAAUGCCCAGCACUUAAAACUAGUGGUCUUCAGCUGGGAGUCUACCCCACGGAAAAAUCGUGUUUGCUGUUACGGAACAGUGGUUCUCCCCACUCUUUUUCGAGUGACAAAGACGCAUCAGCUGGCUGUCAAACUGGAGCCCAGAGGACUUAUUUAUGUCAAACUGACCCUCAUAGAACAAUGGGAGAAUUCUCUUGAUGGUCUAGUUGCAGAUCGAGAGCCAGUGAUAUUUGGAGUAGAUGCUCGAAAAGUUGUUGAGAAGGAAAAUGUGGGCUUGAUGGUACCGCUUCUGAUGCAGAAAUGUAUUGAGGAGAUUGAAAAGAGAGGCUGCCAGGUUGUAGGCCUGUACCGAUUAUGUGGUUCAGCAGCAGUCAAGAAAGAGCUUCGAGAGGCGUUUGAGAGGGAUAGCAAGGCUGCUACUCUCUGUGAAAACCAAUACCCAGAUAUUAAUGUGAUAACAGGGGUCCUCAAGGAUUAUCUAAGAGAGCUGCCCUCUCCCCUGAUAUCUAAGCAGCUCUAUGAAACAGCGUUAGAUGCCAUGAUGAAAAAUCCCUUGAAAAUGACAGCAAGCGGUUGUGAAAAUGACCCAAGUGACUCUGAGCGUACGGUGGCCCUUUUGGAUUGUCUCCCAGAUGUUGAAAAGGCAACCCUAAAGAUGCUGCUGGAUCACCUGAAAUUGGUGGCGUCUUAUCAUGAAGUAAAUAAGAUGACGUGCCAGAAUUUAGCUGUGUGUUUUGGGCCUGUCUUACUGAGCCAGAGGCAGGAGACCUCAAACCAUAAUAACAGAGUCUUUACAGAUUCAGAAGAGCUUGCUAGUGCCCUGGACUUCAAAAAACACAUAGAAGUUCUUCAUUAUUUGCUCCAGCUAUGGCCAGUGCAAUGUUCAGCUGCCAAAGAAUCAACAUACUCAAACGUGUUUCCAGGGAACCAGUUAUCAUUGAGUUAUCUGAGACCCAAGAAGCUGCCGCCUCAGAUGUUGGAUUUGAGCAGUACUGAAAUGUCAGGGGUACGUAGGCCCAGACCAGCCAGACUAGACAGUCCCUCAAGUAAUCGCUACGCAGGAGACUGGAGCAGUUGUGGGGAAAACUACUUUUUGGAUCCAAAGGAGACACUAAAUGAAGCAGACUAUGAUGAUGUUCCUUCAGAAGAUACAGAAAGUGGGGAAGAAUGCAGCAAAGUAGAUGGACCAGAUAGACUGAUUGAACAUGCAAAAUCCAGGUCUAAAGAGCAUACAUUUCAGACCUAUCUGACAAUGCAAACAAUAGAUUCAGCAGUGGACCAUAGAGUAAACCUGAAAGACCUACAAGAAAGUAUUGAUACUCUGAUAGGAAACUUGGAGCGAGAACUCAACAAAAACAAACUAAAUAUUACUUACUAAUUUCUUUGCACGAUACCUGCUGUUGAUACCUCCCUGUUCCUCCACCCGCCUCUUCAAAAAAGUCUGUCUGUGGUUUUUUUAAUGCAUUGUGGAAUAAUCUGUGGCCUCCCUUGGAUAAACAAGUCCAAUUUAGCCAAUCCAUUAUUGUGGAUAAUUUUUCUUCUCGUUAGAAGAAUACGU